AUGAGCUCAAUGGCUUAUCCAGUUACAAAAACAAAGUUCAUAGAUCGACACAUUCCAGUCUACAAAAGGAUUCAUAUACCCAUUAUAAAAAAGAUUCCUGUAAUCCGGACCGUGAUAGUCAGAGAGAAAAUUCCUAAACCAGUUCCCGUUCCCAAGGAAAUAAUCAGGACAAUCACAAAGCGAGUUCAUGUGCCAGUUAUCAAACACGUCCCGGUUACCCGUCGUGUUCCUGUCAUUUAUGAAGUCCCUGUGGACAGACCAGUACCUGUAGAGAAACCAGUGAUUGUGGAGAAACCAGUCCCGGUCCCAAAAGAAGUACCUGUUCCCGCACCUUUCCCAGUGUUUCCAAAAGAACAAGUUGGAAAACCAGCAGAUGGAGGCACUGUUGUUGUUGAUGCUGGAAAAAGCGGUGGAAAAUUUAAUGACUUCGGUGUCCAAAUUGGUGGAGGAGGCAACGUUAACACUGGAAUUGACCCAAGAAUUGGAAAAAACAUAGGAGACAGAUUUGCGGGAAGAGGAAUUGAUGUUAAUAUGAAGGACAUUGAUUUGAAGAUUGGUGGUGGAGGAAUUGAUCCUGGUUUCAAUCGGCCAAUAGGUGGAGGUGGAAUAGAUCCCGGAUUUAACCGCCCAAUAGGUGGAGGUGGAAUAGAUCCAGGAUUUAACCGCCCAAUAGGUGGAGGAGGAAUUGAUCCUGGUUUCAGCCGGCCAAUAGGUGGAGGUGGAAUAGAUCCAGGUUUCAGGCGGCCAAUAGGUGGAGGUGGAAUAGAUACAGGUUUCAGCCGCCCAAUAGGUGGAGGUGGAGGUGGAAUAGAUCCAGGUUUCAGCCACCCAAUAGGUGGAGGUGGAAUAGAUACAGGUUUCAGCCGCCCAAUAGGUGGAGGUCGAAUAGAUCCUGGUUUCAGCCAGCCAAUAGGUGGAGGUGGAAUAGAUCCAGGUUUCAGCCACCCAAUAGGUGGAGGUGGAAUAGAUCCAGGUUUCAACCGCCCAAUAGGUGGAGGUAGCAUUGAUCCAGGUUUCAGCCGGCCAAUAGGUGGAGGUGGAGGUAGCAUUGAUCCAGGUUUCAGCCACCCAAUAGGUGGAGGUGGAAUAGAUCCAGGUUUCAGACGCCCAAUAGGUGGAGGUAGCAUUGAUACAGGUUUUAAUCUCCCAAUAGGUGGAGGUGGAAUAGAUCCAGGUUUCAGCCGCUCAAUAGGUGGAGGUAGCAUUGAUCCAGGUUUUAAUCUCCCAAUAGGUCGAGGAGGAAUUGAUCCAGGUUUCAGCCGCCCAAUAGGUGGAGGUGGAAUAGAUCCAGGUUUCAGCCGCCCAAUAGGUGGAGGUGGAAUAGAUCCAGGUUUCAGCCACCCAAUGGGUGGAGGGGGAAGAAUUGAUCCUAAUUUUAAUCAGCCAAUUAGUGGUGGAGGAAUCGAUUCUGGUUUUAAUAGACCAGUAAUUGGCAUUGAUCCUCAGCCACCUAUUGGUUCUGGAUUCAACCUUCCAAGCAGAGGAGUUGAUGGUGCCGUCCCAGUUGAUCCGCUGGUUGAUACUGGGAUAGGACCAACAAACACAGGUGUUGGAUUUGGUGGCUCCAUCAGUGGUGGUUUGGGUGUUGAACCAAACUUUGACCGUCCAUUCGAUAAUGGUUUCAAUGGUGUAGACAAUUCAUUCGGAGGAUUUGAAGUCAAUGGUAAUGGUAUUGGUGAUAAUGGUUUUGGAGCAUUUGAUGCCCAACUGAACGCUAUAGCCCAAAAUCAGGGUGGAUUUAAUGGCCAGGGUGGAGCCAUCGGACAAGGAAUUUCAGCUACUGAUUUGGGAUUACCUCGUGCACAAGGAUUUGGAGGACUCAGAUUUGGAGGUGGGCUUGACAAUGGAUUUGGAGAUUUGUCAAACCUGGGAAGAGGGUCCGUGGGUCAAGCAGGAAUAGCACCGGCUGCUUUUACUAGUCCAUUUGGUGACAAUGGAGAUGCUUUGAGGACAAUAUCUCCCCUGAACUGA